AAUUUUUCAAAAAUUUGAAAAGUUCAAUUUAAAAUAAAAUUAAAAAUGUGUAAAUAUUAUCAAGUUUUAUUUAUUAUUUUCAGUUGCAUCUUUGUAUUGCUAAAUUAUAUUGAAGAUGGACUUGCAAAUUUGGAAGAGAACAAAACUUGGAAUGAUUUACCCACAGCUACUGAUAAUAAAAACAAUAAAAUACGCAAUGGAUUAUAUAACAGAACUGACUAUAAAACAGAAAUUGAUUUAGGCAAUGGAACAGUCCAAGAAUUUGGUAAUGAAAUCUACAGUGGAGUAGACAAUGAAACUAACGGUGGAUUAAGCAGUUCAUUAAAUAAUGGAACAGUCAUUGAAACAGAAAGACGAUUAGGCAAUGGAAUAUACACAGGAUUAGGCAAUGAAAUCAACAUUGGAAUAGGCGAUGGAUUAUAUAACAGAACUGACUAUAAAACGGGCAGUGAUUUAGGCAUUGGAACAGUCCAUGAACUUGGUAAUGAAAUCUACAGUCGAGUAGGCAAUGACACUAACACAGGAUUACGCAAUCCAUUAGAUAAUGGAAGAGACAUUAAAACAGGCAAUCGAAUAUACACAGGAUUAGGCAAUAAAAUCAACACUGAAAUAGGCAAUCCAUUAGAUAAUGGUACAGAUAUUGAAACAGACAGAAAAUUUGGUAAUGAAAUCUACAGUGGAGUGGAUAAUAAAAAUAACAUUGGAAUAGGCAAUCCAUUAGAUAAUGGAAAAAACAUUGAAACAGGCAGACAAUUAGGCAAUGGAAUAGACACAGGAUUAGGCAAUAAAAACAACAUUGGAAUAGGCAAUCCAUUAGAUAAUGGAACAGACAUUGAAACAGGCAGAGAAUUUGACAAUGGAAUUUACACAGGUUUACGCAAUAAAAUCAACACUGGAAUAGGCAAUGGAUUCUAUAACAGAACUGACUAUAAAACAGGCAGUGAUUUAGGAAAUGGAUCAGUCCAAGAAUUUGGUAAUGAAAUCUACAGUGGAGUAGGCAAUGACACUAACACUGGAUUAAGCAAUCCAUUAGAAAAUAGAACAGACAUUGAAACAGGCAAACAAUUUGGCAAAGGAAUUUACACAGGAUUACGCAAUAAAGUCAACACUGGAAUAGGCAAUGGAUUAUAUAACAAAACUGACUAUAAAACAGGCAGUGAUUUAGGAAAUGGAACAAUCCAAGAAUUUGGUAAUGAAAUCUACAGUGGAGUAGGCAAUGACGCAAACACUGGAUUAAGCAAUCCAUUAGAAAACAGAACAGACAUUGAAACAGGCAAACAAUUUGGCAAAGGAAUUUACACAGGAUUACGCAAUAAAAUCAACACUGGAUUAGGCAAUGGAUUAUAUAAAAGAAGUGACUAUAAAGAAGGCAGUAAUUUAGGAAAUGGAACAGUCCUAGAAUUUGGUAAUAAAAUCUACAGUGAAGUAGGCAAUGACACUAACACUGGAUUAAGCAAUCCAUUAGAAAAUAGAACAGACAUUGAAACAGGCAAACAAUUUGGCAAUGGAAUUUACACAGGAUUACGCAAUAAAGUCAACACUGGAAUAGGCAAUGGAUUCUAUAACAGAACUGACUAUAAAACAGGCAGUGAUUUAGGAAAUGGAUCAGUCCAAGAAUUUGGUAAUAAAAUCUACAGUGGAGUAGGCAAUGACACUAACACUGGAUUAAGCAAUCCAUUAGAAAAUAGAACAGACAUUGAAACAGGCAAACAAUUUGGCAAUGGAAUUUACACAGGAUUACGCAAUAAAAUCAACACUGGACUAGGCAAUGGAUUAUAUAAAAGAAGUGACCAUAAAAAAGGCAGUGAUUUAGGAAAUGGAACAGUCCAAGAAUUUGGUAAUGAAAUCUACAGUGGAGUAGGCAAUGAAACUAACACUGAAUUAAGCAAUCCAUUAGAUAAUGGAACAGACUUUGAAACAGGAAGACAAUUAGGCAAUGGAAUAUACACAGGAAUAGGCAAUAAAAUCAACACUAAAAUAGGCAAUCCAUUAGAUAAUGGUACAGACAUUGGAACAGGCAGACAAUUUGACAAUGGAAAUUACACAGGUUUACGCAAUAAAAUCAACACUGGAAUAGGCAAUGGAUUCUAUAACAUAACUGACUAUAAAACAGGCAGUGAUUUAGGAAAUGGAACAGUCCAAGAAUUUGGUAAUGAAAUCUACAGUGGAGUAGGCAAUGACACUAACACUGGAUUAAGCAAUCCAUUAGAUAAUGGAACAGACAUUAAAACAGGCAAACAAAUAGGCAAUCGAAUAUACACAGGAUUAGGCAAUAAAAUCAACACUGAAAUAGGCAAUCCAUUAGAUAAUGGUACAGACAUUGAAACAGACAGAGAAUUUGGUAAUAAAAUCUACAGUGGAGUAGGCAAUGACACUAACACUGGAUUAAGCAAUCCAUUAGAAAAUAGAACAGACAUUGAAACAGGCAAACAAUUUGGCAAUGGAAUUUACACAGGUUUACGCAAUAAAAUCAACACUGGAAUAGGCAAUGGAUUCUAUAACAGAACUGACUAUAAAACAGGCAGUGAUUUAGGAAAUGGAAUAGUACACGAAUUUGGUAAUGAAAUCUACAGUGGAGUAGGCAAUGACACUAACACUGGAUUAAGCAAUCCAUUAGAAAAUAGAACAGACAUUGAAACAGGCAAACAAUUUGGCAAAGGAAUUUACACAGGAUUACGCAAUAAAAUCAACACUGGAUUAGGCGAUAGGUUAUAUAACAGAACUGACUAUAAAACAGGCAGUGAUUUAGGAAAUGGAUCAGUCCAAGAAUUUGGUAAUGAAAUCUACAGUGGAGUAGGCAAUGACACUAACACUGGAUUAAGCAAUCCAUUAGAAAAUAGAACAGACAUUGAAACUGGCAAACAAUUUGGCAAUGGAAUUUACACAGGAUUACGCAAUAAAAUCAACACUGAACUAGGCAAUGGAUUAUAUAAAAGAAGUGACUAUAAAAAAGGCAGUAAUUUAGGAAAUGGAACAGUCCCAGAAUUUGGUAAUAAAAUUUACAGUGGAGUAGGCAAUGACACUAACACUGGAUUAAGCAAUCCAUUAGAAAAUAGAACAGACAUUGAAGCAGGCAAACAAUUUGGCAAUGGAAUUUACACAGGAUUACGCAAUAAAAUCAAGACUGGAUUAGGCAAUGGAUUAUAUAAAAGAAGUGACCAUAAAAAAGGCAGUGAUUUAGGAAAUGGAACAGUCCAAGAAUUUGGUAAUGAAAUCUACAGUGGAGUAGGCAAUGACACUAACACUGAAUUAAGCAAUCCAUUAGAUAAUGGAACAAACUUUGAAACAGGAAGACAAUUAGGCAAUGGAAUAUACACAGGAAUAGGCAAUAAAAUCAACACUAAAAUAGGCAAUCCAUUAGAUAAUGGUACAGACAUUGGAACAGGCAGACAAUUUGACAAUGGAAUUUACACAGGUUUACGCAAUAAAAUCAACACUGGAAUAGGCAAUGGAUUCUAUAACAUAACUGACUAUAAAACAGGCAGUGAUUUAGGAAAUGGAACAGUCCAAGAAUUUGGUAAUGAAAUCUACAGUGGAGUAGGCAAUGACACUAACACUGGAUCAAGCAAUCCAUUAAAAAAUGGAACAGACAUUGAAACAGGCAAACAAUUUGGCAAUGGAAUUUACACAGGAUUACGCAAUAAAAUCAACACUGGAUUAGGCAAUGGAUUAUAUAAAAGAAGUGACUAUAAAAAAGGCAGUGAUUUAGGAAAUGGAACAGUCCAAGAAUUUGGUAAUGAAAUCUACAGUGGAGUAGGCAAGGACACUAACACUGGAUUAAGCAAUCCAUUAGAUAAUGGAAUAGACAUUGAAACAGGCAGACAAAUAGACAAUAGAAUAUACACUGGAUUAGGCAAUGAUAUCAACAUUGGAAUUGGCAAUCCAUUAGAUAAUGGAAGAGACAUUGAAACAGGCAAACAAAUAGGCAAUCGAAUAUACACAGGAUUAGGCAAUAAAAUCAACACUGAAAUAGGCAAUCCAUUAGAUAAUGGAACAGACAUUGAAACAGGCAGAGAAUUUGGUAAAGAAAUCUACAGUGGAGUAGGCAAUGAAACUAACACUGGAAUAAGCAAUCCAUUAGAUAAUGGAACAGUCACUGAAACAGGAAGACAAGUAGGCAAUGAAACAUACACGGGAUUAGGCAAUAAAAUCAACACUGAAAUAGGCAAUCCAUUAGAUAAUGGUACAGACAUUGAAACAGACAGAGAAUUUGGUAAUGAAGUUUACAGUGGAGUGCAUAAUAAAACUAACAUUGGAAUAGGCAAUCCAUUAGAUAAUGGAAUAGACAUUGAAACACGGAGACAAUUUGGCAAUGGAAUUUACACAGGAAUACACAAUAAAAUCAACACUGGAAUAGGCAAUGGAUUAUAUAACAGAACUGACUAUAAAACAGGCAGUGAUUUAGGAAAUGGAACUGUCCAAGAAUUUGGUAAGGAAAUCUACGGUGGAGUAGGCAAUGACACUAACACUGGAAUAAGCAAUCGAUUAGAUAAUGGAACAGUCAUUGAAACAGGAAGACAAUUAGGCAAUGGAAUAUACACAGUAUUAGGCAAUAAAAUCAACACUGAAAUAGGCAAUCUAUUAGAUAAUGGUACAGACAUUGGAACAGGCAGACAAUUUGACAAUGGAAUUUACACAGGAUUACGCAAUAAAAUCAAGACUGGAUUAGGCAAUGGAUUAUAUAAAAGAAGUGACCAUAAAAAAGGCAGUGAUUUAGGAAAUGGAACAGUCCAAGAAUUUGGUAAUGAAAUCUACAGUGGAGUAGGCAAUGACACUAACACUGAAUUAAGCAAUCCAUUAGAUAAUGGAACAGACUUUGAAACAGGAAGACAAUUAGGCAAUGGAAUAUACACAGGAAUAGGCAAUAAAAUCAACACUAAAAUAGGCAAUCCAUUAGAUAAUGGUACAGACAUUGGAACAGGCAGACAAUUUGACAAUGGAAUUUACACAGGUUUACGCAAUAAAAUCAACACUGGAAUAGGCAAUGGAUUCUAUAACAUAACUGACUAUAAAACAGGCAGUGAUUUAGGAAAUGGAACAGUCCAAGAAUUUGGUAAUGAAAUCUACAGUGGAGUAGGCAAUGACACUAACACUGGAUCAAGCAAUCCAUUAAAAAAUGGAACAGACAUUGAAACAGGCAAACAAUUUGGCAAUGGAAUUUACACAGGAUUACGCAAUAAAAUCAACACUGGAUUAGGCAAUGGAUUAUAUAAAAGAAGUGACUAUAAAAAAGGCAGUGAUUUAGGAAAUGGAACAGUCCAAGAAUUUGGUAAUGAAAUCUACAGUGGAGUAGGCAAGGACACUAACACUGGAUUAAGCAAUCCAUUAGAUAAUGGAAUAGACAUUGAAACAGGCAGACAAAUAGACAAUAGAAUAUACACUGGAUUAGGCAAUGAUAUCAACAUUAGAAUUGGCAAUCCAUUAGAUAAUGGAAGAGACAUUGAAACAGGCAAACAAAUAGGCAAUCGAAUAUACACAGGAUUAGGCAAUAAAAUCAACACUGAAAUAGGCAAUCCAUUAGAUAAUGGAACAGACAUUGAAACAGGCAGAGAAUUUGGUAAAGAAAUCUACAGUGGAGUAGGCAAUGAAACUAACACUGGAAUAAGCAAUCCAUUAGAUAAUGGAACAGUCACUGAAACAGGAAGACAAGUAGGCAAUGAAACAUACACGGGAUUAGGCAAUAAAAUCAACACUGAAAUAGGCAAUCCAUUAGAUAAUGGUACAGACAUUGAAACAGACAGAGAAUUUGGUAAUGAAGUUUACAGUGGAGUGCAUAAUAAAACUAACAUUGGAAUAGGCAAUUCAUUAGAUAAUGGAAUAGACAUUGAAACACGGAGACAAUUUGGCAAUGGAAUUUACACAGGAAUACACAAUAAAAUCAACACUGGAAUAGGCAAUGGAUUAUAUAACAGAACUGACUAUAAAACAGGCAGUGAUUUAGGAAAUGGAACUGUCCAAGAAUUUGGUAAGGAAAUCUACGGUGGAGUAGGCAAUGACACUAACACUGGAAUAAGCAAUCGAUUAGAUAAUGGAACAGUCAUUGAAACAGGAAGACAAUUAGGCAAUGGAAUAUACACAGUAUUAGGCAAUAAAAUCAACACUGAAAUAGGCAAUCUAUUAGAUAAUGGUACAGACAGUGAAACAGACAGAGAAUUUGGUAAUGAAAUCUACAGUGGAGUGGAUAAUAAAAAUAACAUUGGAAUAGGCAAUCCAUUAGAUAAUGGAAAAAACAUUGAAACAGGCAGACAAUUAGGCAAUAGAAUAUACACAGGAUUAGGCAAUAAAAUCAACAUUGGAAUAGGCAAUGGAUUAUAUAACAGAACUAACUAUAAAACAGGCAAUGAUUUAGUAAAUGGAACAGUCCAAGAAUUUGGUAAUGAAAUCUACAGUGGAGUAGGCAAUGAAACUAACACUCGAAUAAGCAAUCCAUUAGAUAAUGGAACAGUCAUUGAAACAGGAAGACAAUUUGACAAUGGAACAUACAGAGGAUUAGGCAAUGAAAUCUAUAAUGGAAUAGUAACAAAUGAAUUUUUUAAUAGAACAGACUUAAAAACAGGCAAUGAUUUAAGCAAAGGAACCGACAGAGGGUUGGGUAAUGAAAUCUACACUGGAAUAGGCAAUGGAUUAUAUAAUACAACAGACUUAAAAACAGGCAGUGACUUUGGAAAUGAAAGAAUUAGAGCAUUAAGCAACGAAAUAAAUAGUGGAAUUAACAAUGGUACAUACAGAGGAUUAGACAAUAAAAUAUACAUUGGAUUAGGCAAUUAUAACUACACUGGAAUAGGAAAUGGAUUUUUUAAUUUCACAAACUUUGAAAUCGGCAGUGAUUUAGGCAAUGGUACAUACGGAGGAUUAGGCAAUGAAAUAUACAGUGGAAUAGGCAUUCAUAACUACACUGGAAUAGGCAGUGGAUUUAAUUUAACAAACUUUGAAACAGACAGUAAUUUAGGCAAUAGAACAGACAGUGGAUUAGGUAAUGAAAUAUAUAGUUGAAUAGGCAAUGAAAAUUUCAUUAGAAGAAACAGUGGAUUAGAUAAUGGAAGAUACUAUGAAAUAGGCAUUGAUUUUGUUAAUGAAUCAGGCAAAGGAUUAGGCAAUGUAAAUGUUCGUCAAAUGUUUAUCUAGAAGGUUGACUGAACAUUUAAAUAAUAAAUAUUUGUUAAAUGUUAGGCAGAAAAAAUAGCUUAAAACGAUGUGCAAUUUUAAUGUAAAGCAUCUACGGCUGCACAAUAAAUUUUUUUGGCCUCCGAUAUUUGGUGCGCAAUGUAUGUUUAAAUAUAAAUAAUUUUUUAUAAAAAAAUAUCAGUGCUGACUCUUUUUGUUACAUAAAUAUUAUCGCUAAAUAUUUAACGAGCACUUAUUCUUAAUGUUUAGUCUGUAUUCGCUCUAAACAGUUAAUUCAAAUGUUAAUUCAACCUUCGUUCCAAACCAUUAUUUAUUGCGAAUAUUUGUUUGUUAAUGUAACAUUUACUGAGCAUAUCAUUUAAAUGUUUCCAUGCCUGCACUUGAACCUUCAUUUAAUGUUUAGUCUUUAUCAACUAUUAAGUACUGAAAGUUAAUUAAAAUUUUAUUUAUUACUAAAUAAAUAACUUUAAUUAUAGUAUUAAUAUUAUUAAAAAUAAUUAACAAUGUAUUAAUUUGUCAAUUAUUGUUAUAUAUAAACUUUUAAUUCGUAUUUGA